GUCGGCAGCUGCCGGAAAUCUCGCGCCUCUGCUCGCACGGGGCGGCGGGGACAGGGGGGGGUGGGCAAAGAUGGCGGCGGAAAGGGAGCCCCCUCCUCUCGGGGACGGCCGGCAGACCGAGUUCGAGGAGCUGGAGGACGGCGAGGACCUCUUCACCAGCACCGUCUCCACCCUGGAGUCAAGCCCUUCAUCUCCAGAGCCAGCCAGUCUUCCUGCAGAAGACAUCAGUACAAAUUCUAAUGGCCCAAAGCCUGCAGAAAUCAUACUAGAUGAUGACAGGGAAGACCUUUUUGCUGAAGCCACGGAGGAAGUUUCUCUGGACAGUCCGGAAAGAGAACCGAUACUUUCAUCCGAUUCUACUCCAGCUGUUACACCUGUUACACCAACCACACUAAUAACACCCAGAAUGGAGUCAAAAAUAGUGGUGGCUCCUGUGGACUUUGAUAGAUCCAGGGAAGAGAUUGAAGAAGAAGCUAAUGGCGACUUGUUUGAUAUUGAAAUCAAUGUGUCAGAUCCAGAGAAAGUUGGCGAUGGUAUGAAUGCAUAUAUGGCAUACAGAGUAACAACAAAGACAUCUCUUUCCAUGUUUCACAAAAACGAAUUCGCUGUUAAAAGAAGAUUCAGUGACUUUCUUGGCUUACAUGCCAAAUUAACAUCCAAAUAUCUGCAUGUUGGGUAUAUUGUGCCUCCAGCUCCAGAAAAAAGUAUUGUAGGCAUGACUAAGGUAAAAGUAGGCAAGGAAGAUUCGUCAUCUACAGAAUUCGUAGAAAAAAGAAGAGCAGCACUAGAAAGGUAUCUACAACGAACAGUAAAACACCCAACCUUGUUACAGGAUCCUGAUUUAAGGCAGUUCUUGGAAAGUUCUGAGCUGCCGAGAGCAGUUAACACUCAGGCUCUGAGUGGAGCAGGAAUAUUGAGGAUGGUGAACAAGGCUGCCGACGCUGUCAACAAAAUGACGAUCAAGAUGAAUGAAUCGGAUGCAUGGUUUGAAGAAAAGCAGCAACAGUUUGAAAAUUUGGAUCAGCAGCUCCGGAAACUUCACGGUAGCGUAGAAGCCUUGGUCUGCCAUAGAAAAGAACUUUCAGCCAACACAGCUGCCUUUGCUAAAAGUGCUGCCAUGCUAGGGAACUCAGAAGACCACACUGCUUUAUCAAGAGCUUUGUCUCAGCUUGCUGAAGUUGAAGAAAAAAUUGAUCAGCUGCAUCAAGAACAAGCUUUUGCUGACUUCUAUGUGUUCUCCGAGUUGCUCAGUGACUACGUUCGCCUUAUUGGUGCAGUAAAAGGAGUGUUUGAUCAUCGAAUGAAAUGCUGGCAGAAAUGGCAGGAUGCUCAGGUCAUGUUACAGAAAAAACGAGAGGCUGAAGCUAAACUUCAGCUCGCCAACAAGCCUGACAAGUUGCAGCAAGCGAAAGAUGAAAUCAAAGAGGAAAUCGAAGAGUGGGAAACAAAAGUUCUACAAGGAGAAAGGGAUUUUGAACAAAUCUCCAAGACAAUACGCAAAGAAGUAGGAAGAUUUGAGAAAGACCGCGUGAGAGACUUCAAAACUGUUAUAAUCAAGUAUUUGGAAUCAUUAGUGCAAACACAACAACAGCUGAUAAAAUACUGGGAGGCAUUCCUACCUGAAGCCAAAGCCAUUGCCUAAGAAGAAGAAGACACUUCCAAAAUAUGAAGACUCUUUGGAUGUUUGUCCCAACUGAGCUAAAUUCCAUAGUGAAAAUCACUUUAAAAUUAUCCAAAUAAACCACUAUAUAUUUUGAAUUUAACAUGUGGCUUUUUAUAUACUACAGCGUUUUAUUAACAGCUGCAUGUCAUGACCCUCCUUUGAAGUGGACUGUGGCAUGACAUUCUGCAAUACUUGCUGAAUUGAACACUAUUGUGUCUUAAUACUUGCACUAAAAUGUGCGAUGCAAGGCCAGAAAGUUAUUUUUGUUCUUUACUAUAUGUUCUGUCUACCUGAUCUUUAUGAAACAAAUUGCAUUUAUUAAUGUUCACAUAACACAUUCCUGUACAUAAUCAAGAUUUUGUGAUUUCAGUAAUAAAAGGGAUGUACCUUG